AUGGCCGCUGCCUUUUUGCUCGCCGCUUUCGGCGCUUCCCGCGUCGCCGCCCAGAUGGAGCACAGCAAUUCAGCCUUUGCCUACAUGGGCUGUUCAUCUGUCGACUUGUCCUGCUUCGGAAGCCCCAUUGUCUUCCCAGACGGCCAUGUGACUCCGGAGGCUUGCCAGGACGCCUGCCACGGCCAUCAGUUUGCCGCUCUCCUGCCAGGUGCUUGCCACUGUGGCGAUGACGCGAGUGGCAUCACGGCCAUCGACGAGAACUUUUGCAACACUGCUUGCAUGGGUGAUCCCGCCUUUGGGACAUGCGGUGGCUUCGACCAAGAUCAAGGCGGCAGCAUUGCCAACGUGUACGACUGGCCUGCCUCUCCGGGACAAGAGCAUGGGCUGGUGACGUCCCAAACCGUCCACACCGUCUCCCUUCCAGCCCCUGCUACCGAGUCCCCUUGUUCCACGUUUGAGCAUAUGCCAUCUGCACCUCCCACGGCCGCAACUCUCCUCACGCCCAUUGGGUCUGCCCCGGAGGCUCCGGCCUUUUCCUCGACCUAUCUUUCGGAUGAGUUGCCGCCUUCAGCGCCGGCAUUCCCACACACGUCGCAGGCCAGUGAGGCUUGGACAACGUCUUGUUCGCAGCAUGAUCGUUUAGUCACCGAGGUGCCAACUCCUCCUGAGCCGUCUCACGCCUCGACGAAGGGUCCCAAUCCUCCGGAUUAUUCCUCGGACGGAGAGGCACGCCCGACUCCAGGAUGCGGUGACAUCGGUGGCCCGGACGAUGUUGAUUGCACGCCCACCCGUCCAGCAGAGCUGUCUGAAGUCCCCUCGCAGAGAACCCUUUGGCCCGCUGCUCCAUACGCUUCUGCCCCGACGUUGGAAACGCACAUUCCAUCCCAGGUCCCGGAAAACGAUGCCCCUCAGGACCUGAUUCCCGCCUUCUCGGCGUUUGGUGGACUGGCUUUGAUUGCGGCCAUGAUCAUGUAG